GUUCAAGUCAUCUCCUAUCCAUCUAUCCUGGUCAUCUCUCAUCAACAUAAACGCAAUAAACCCUUCCGAGGCUACCUAGUUCUCUUCACAGCUAUUCCUUGUUCAACACAAGUGAUAAACCUGCGAAACCAUGUCUCUCCAGCUUUCCAACCUCUUCGGCGUCAAGGACAAGAUUGUCGUGAUCACCGGCGGAGGCACCGGACUCGGCAAAGCCAUCGCAGAGGGGUUUUCUACCAAUGGUGCCAAAGUAUACAUCACGGGACGUCGUGUUGAAGUCCUCGAGAAGGCUGCAGAAGAACUGCGUGGAAGAGCUGCACCUGGUGGACAAGUGAUUCCGAUCAAGGGUGAUGUGAGCACCAAAGACGGCUGUGGUCAGCUCGUUGAGCAGAUUAAGCAGAGAGAGGAUCAUGUCGAUGUGCUUAUUUGCAAUGCUGGUUUGCAAGGGAAAACCGACUAUCCUCCUUGGGAUCCCACUGAUCCCGACUCUACUGAGAAGGGCUUGUGGGAGAGUGUCGAUAACGAGUCCUUCACCUCGACAAACGAUGUCAACAUCAGUGGUGUCUAUUUUACCGCCGUCGGAUUUCUCCCGCUGCUGCGAAAGUCUUCGGACCCUAGCGUGGUCGUGAUUGCUUCGUUGGCUGGCAUUGUUAUUCAGAGGGCCAUGGGUGCAAUGACUUAUGCUACUUCGAAAGCUGCUGCCCUCCACUUGUCAAAGCUUCUGGCGGGCAGAUUUGCCCCGAUGAAAGUCCGCGUCAACUGUAUCUGCCCUGGAAUCUUUCCUAGUGAAAUGACGUUCGCCGAUACUACCAAUAACACGGAUAACCUCAACCCUUUCGCAGAAAGCGCCGCUAAGCGGGCUCCUGCUGGACGCCCUGGGUAUCCCGAAGAGAUAGUUGGACCGUGCCUGAUGCUGAGUUCCAAGGCCGGAGGUUACAUGAACGGAGGAUAUCUAUUGGUCGAUGGUGGUAGAGCAAUGAGCGCAUCGAUCAAUGAUGGUAUACACAUGCCAGAGGACACAUACGUGUGGUAGAUUAGCUUGUACCCAAGACCUUAGCUACAGCUACCACCCAAAACCGCCGAAGUCCGACACACUAAUGAGAUAGCCGGUCAUAUAGAAAAGUCAUAAUGCAUUGAUUGGAUAUCUCCAAUCAA